GGGGGCAGGAAGGCGUUCCCCUGUGCAGAGGUUUCACUUUCAUUUCUCUGUAAGGGGUCGCAGUUCUGGAUCGAAACAGACACAGAGUCCACAGACGGGGAGAAAUAAGUGGAAGAUGAGUUCCAGCGUGUCUGACUUCAUCAUCCAGACCCUGUGCGACAACCAGGGCGGUUUAGACUUCAAGACGCUGAGUGAGAAGUUGGAACAGAGGUUUCGUGUGGAGUACUCGAUCCUUCGGCAAAUAUUUUUGGAAAACGAGCAAAUAGCGGUACUUCCGGGUGUGCUUCCUAUCCGCGCGGGUCAAAUUCUCAGCCAGGACAGCGUCAUUGUGGCUAAAACUGCCCUGCGGAUUUGCCAAAGGAAUCCUUCCGAUUGCGCAUCAUGCCAAAGUUUGCACUUGUGCAAGUUUUAUGUUUUGGGGACUUGCGCGUUUGGGUUCCGGUGUAAAAAUCCCCAUUCAUUGACUUGGCCAUACAAUACAGCACUGUUGGAUACAUUUCACCUCCGACACCUGACAGAGAAACAGCUCUUCCAGCUCUUACUGCAGAACGAUCCUUACCUGCUCCCCGAGAUAUGCUCGUACUACAAUAUGGGCGAGGGCCAGCAGGGUUCGUGCAAGUUUGCUUCAAAAUGCACCAACCUUCACAUUUGCAGUCUCCGUUUCACCUCGGGAGUCUGCAAACUGGACUCUUCCUGUCACAGAAGCCACAAUCUGGAUGCGAGGUCGCACAAGAGUUUUGAAAAAUUGAGUCAGGAGAUCAUCGAGCGACUUCCGAAAGUCUACAAAAACAAAUGGAUCAUCUUGGAUCAACGGAGCCCAUCUUCUGCUUCUUCGGGAGGUCCCGCCCGGCACCUUUCAAGCAGCAGACAAACUCCCUCGGUGGGUGCAGCUAAAGCGGCUAAACCUGCCGGUGAUCCCAACAGCAAGGACAUCUGCCUCUUCUCCAUCUCCUCACAUUGCAGCUUUGGCGAGAAGUGUAUCUAUGUCCACUGGCACUUGCCGUAUCGAUGGCAGUUUUUAGACGGUGACGGUGUGACCUGGAAAGAUUUGAGCGAGAUGGAGGAGAUUGAGAAGGCCUACUGUGACCCAGCACAGGAGUCAUGGUUGGGCACAAAAACACAAAAAAAAUUCAGCUACGUAGUGGACUUCAUGAGGAUGACAUACAAAAAAUCUCAAUUGCGUCGCCUGUCCACCGCCUCCUCCGUCCUUAAGCCCCCUCACUUCAUAUUGACAACACAAUGGGUGUGGUACUGGAAGGAUGACAAUGGUGCAUGGAAAGAGUUUGGCCAGAGCGACGUCAACCAGCCGGCUUCCUUGACUUCGGAAACUCUGGAGAAAAUUUACACCGCCGACCAAACCACACCGGUUUCUUUCUCUGCCGGCGACCAUCAGUAUGUACUGCACUUCAGCGGCUAUGAAGCAGGAUCCCUGAGGAUGUUUCAGCAAAAUGUCAAACAUUUGACCAAGCGGGAGGUCAGGAGGAGGCCUCGCUUUGUGUCGGCGCACGAUGUGGAGGUCAAGCGGCGGAGAUCCAGUUCCCUCAAAGCCGACUUCCCCGAAUACUGGGACAAAAACGCCCUACCUGACAUUGGAUACAAGCUGGUGCCUCUACUCGUGAAUACCGAGUAUCACAAGAUUGAAGGUUUGUUCAAAGCAACAAUGCCAAAGAGUACCAUCAAGAGCAUCAAGAGGAUUCAGAAUCCAUCUUUGUGGACGACCUUUCAGUGGCAGAAAGAGCAGAUGAAGAAGAGGAAUGGCGGAAAACCCGUCAAUGAGCAGUACUUGUUCCACGGGACAAAUGAGACCCUGGUUGAAGCCAUCUGUGAGCAGAACUUUGACUGGAGGAUGAGUGGCGUUCACGGCACCGCCUUUGGCAAGGGAAGCUACUUCGCCAAAGAGGCCAAGUACUCACACAAGUACGCCAGCGCCAGAGAUGGUCUGAACAAGAGUAUGUUCGUGGCUCUGGUCCUGGUCGGGGACUACACACAGGGACACGGCAGCUAUGUCCGCCCCCCGCCUAAAGGAACGAGCACAGCCCUUUAUGAUAGCUGUGUUGAUAACAUAAACGACCCGAAGAUCUUUGUAGUCUUUGAAAAACUUCAAAUGUAUCCCGAGUACAUUAUUCACUACUCGGGGUAGGAGAACAUGUUCUGGUUCUGGUAUUUUCAGUUAGAACGUCAUAGGUUUAUACUUUAUUAUACGGGGGUGUCACCUGACUGUACUUUCCUGAAGAAAGCGGUAAAAAAACACACACUUAAAUACUAAAUACUGUAAAUACUAGCACUUAAAUGUUACUGUACUUUUUUUUCUUGGUAGCAAGAUGGCACCAAGUGGCCAAACGGCAAGACAAAAUAAAAUCCCACUUGUCCGCCAAGUCCUCCCAUUCUGUGUGGAAGUGGUACUGUCCUUCUUUGAAUCGGAGACGCUAACUCGUUAGCACUGAGCAAUGUGGCGUCAACAAUAAUAGUUAAAUAAUAAUAAUUAAAUGAGCUUCCAUUUUCUUGUUUUUUUUCCUGUACUGUAAUCACAUUGUAUUAUUAUUAUUGUCAACAACCUGUUCACAAUGAUAUAAUAUUUUGUCAUAAUACUACAAAGAAUGCAAUUUUAAGUCCAGUAUGUACAGAAAUUGAUAUCAUGAGGUUAUGAAGAUCUUGUCUGAAAAAUAUUUUCUCGAGAUGAAGUAGAGAAAAGUGCAAAAAGUGCAGAUGCGGUUCUGGUAUCGGUUGAUUUUCGACUGCGGUCCGGCGACUUAUUAGUAGUCAAAAUUAGAGUAGAGUAGAAUAGAGUAAAAUUCAAAUUAAAUCAAAUCAAAAAUUCAAUUUUUAAUCCUCGUCACAUUAAUCACAGUUUUGAGUGUAGAAUCCCUUUGCUGUCAUUCGUUAAAAUCCUAGUGUGUUAAUUAGGAGUCACUGCCAAUGCAGCUUUAGGAUAUACACCAGGGGUGGGCAAACUUUUUGACUCAUGGGCCGCAUUGAGUUAACAAAAUUGUGCGGGGGGCCAGAACAUAUAUUUAACACACAUGAUUUUACGCUUAUAAUUUUAAUAAUUUUUAUAAUUUUUAUAAUUUUUAUAAUUUUUAUAAUUUUUAUAAUUUUUAUAAUUUUUAUAAUUUUUAUAAUUUGAAUAUUUUUUAAAUAUUUCUUAAAUAUUUUUAAAUUAUUUUAAAUAAUUUUAAUAAUUUUUAAUAAUGUUUAAUAAUUUUUAAUAGUUUUUAAUAAUUUUUUAAUAAUUUUUUAUUUUUUUUUUAAAUAAUUUUUAAUAAUUUUACGCCUUGAAUUAUUUGUCUAAUUUUAAUUGUCAUACUAUCAGCUAUAUGUUCUUGUUUCCUUUUUUUCAGGAGCACUUUAAACAUCAGACCACAUCAAACUGCGAUUUAUUUUUUUUUUUUUUUUACUGAAUAAGACAUCCGACUUGAAAGUCAUGUUGCCAGCUGGUAUGUUAAAAGUUGAAAUACUUAAAAGCAACUGGCGGGCCGGAUUCAAAUGUUUGGUGGGCCGCAUGUGGCCGUAGUUUGCCCACCCCUGAUAUACACGAUUCCCUGCUCUACAGCGACGUUGCUAAUUAUAUUAUUGUGGACUAUUUUGGAAUAUAAUGGAACCUACUUCAACGUGAUGUCCAGGAGUGCUUCAUUAUUCUCGGUUGGAAUCAGCGACUGGACUCAAAAUUUCACUCUUGUCUCGUCUUGCGAUCUUGACAAAAAUGCCAUUUUUGGGUCCGAGCGUGCUCGCCGACUUCAACUCAAGCGGAACCUGUAGAAAAAAAAAAAAAAAAGCUUUGGGAAUAUUGACAUAAGCCCAUAUUGACAGGGGUCUCAAACUCAACUGGAGCUAGGGUCUGGGCGAGACUGGGCCGCAUCAGGUUUUCCAAAAAAAAACAAAAAAAAAACGCAUUUAUUAAAAACAGAAAAAUUAAUAAAUUUUGCUUUGGUUUCGAUUUUCUACAUUAAAAGCUCUGAUAAAACAUUCCACUGUUCUCAAAUAUCUUAAUUUUUAUUUUUCUGCACAAAAUAAGAUGAAAAAUAAAUAAAUCAAGAAUAAAGAAAAUCAAUCAAUCGGUAAUAAAUAAAUAUAAUAAUAAUAAUAAAACAGCAAAUAAUAAAUAAUUAAGAAACCACAUAUAGUUGGUGGGUAGACAAAUUAUUUUUUUCACAUUAAAAUGAACAAAGCAUUAUUAGAGCCCUGUAGACAUAAAACACGACUAUAGUCACAUUUAUACUUUUUUUGUUUACAACAUAUUGCGCAACUGCAGCGUCUUGAGACACAUGCUAACUCGCAAACUAGACCGCUAGCGACCUAAACGGUCGCCUUCGAGUUAUUUCCUUUAAACUUAAAUAGCCAAAAACUUACCACUUCCACACGGAUAGUGAGGAUAACUAUUAACAGUUAUUUAACCUUUAACAUGAACAUUAAUCAAACGUAAUAAUUUUUUCUGGGUACAUGAUACCAUACAGCGAGACACAUGCUAACUCGCAAACUAGACCGCUAGCGACCUAAACGGUCGCCUUCGAGUUAUUUCCUUUCAACUUAAAUAGCCAAAAACUUACCACUUCCACACGGAUAGUGAGGAUGACUAUUAACAGUUAUUUAACCUUUAACAUGAACAUUAAUCAAACGUAAUAUUUUUUUCUGGGUACAUGAUACCAUACAGCAUCCAUAUCAAACUUUCAUAUCAAGGCGGAGGCCUCAAACUGGUGUCCUGCGGGCCACAUUUGGCCGCGUGUGACCCCAGCCCUACGAGGAUGCAAAGAGGCGCAGCAAAGGCACUACCCACCUUUGUUUCGGAGCACAUCAGGAGAGUGAAGCGGUGGAAAAGACGAACCAGAGCCAUCUUGAUCUCCAGCUGGGCGAGCCUCAUUCCCACACAGUUGCGUGGCCCGGCCCCAAAGGGCAGAUACACAAAUGGAUGUCGACUUGCUUUUGCCUCAGGAGUGAAUCUGUAGGGGAGAUGCAUGACGUUUAUCUCCUGCACUCGGUGUUAAAUGACUAUAACACAAGACUAGACAUACUACAUAUCAGGGAUGUUCAACAGCAAUUCAAAUAGGUACAGGGAACCAAAAAAGUGACUAAAAAGUGUAUUCUGAGUUUCUAUCACCUGUACAGUGUUCCCUCGCUUUAUCACUGUCGCCUUUUUAGAUUUUUUAAGGCAAUUUUAGUAUUUUUGUGUUUUUUUUUUUUUUACCUGGUAAAGCUGACACCGGCCCUUUAAGAAGAAUUGUAUUGUGGGAAGUUGUGGCUUCCGCCCGUAAUUGUCUUCUGCGUCCUGAUUGGCUGUACACUAAUGCCAAUCAAUCUUAGCGCCGCCCCGCUAUGUCUCUUGUAGUCUUGCUGCUAGCUAGGUUUGUUUGAAAGUUUCUCCCCAACAAAGCGUUCUGCGUACAAAAAGGCAGAGGAGGAUGCUAACCAUCACACAAAAAAAUAUUGGACAUACUGAAGGAAUGUUGAAGUUACACUGCCGUAGGUCGCCAUUACAGAAAAUCCAUUUUGGGUUUGAGGAGUGCUACAGUAACACCGGAACUUCGCCAGGAUGAACAGGAAUCGUCAGAGGAUUUAAAUACACGUGAGUCCCUUUAUGAUUUAUUGCUUGAUCAUUAAAAAUUCAAACAAAGGUUUGGACUUUAACAUUAACAUUUUAAACAAGAGAGAAAUGUAAGAAAGUGUUAAUGCCUGUCCAGUGGCGGGAGCUACGGUGUGGCCGGAACACUACUUCAGCGUUAUCACCGUUUCCGCUUGGAUGCAUUUGACUGCAGCACACAA